AUCGCUAACGCGUAUCGAGUGUACGCGAUAUGAGUGGCGCAGCGCGACUAGACACUACCGCGGUCUCGUGGUUCGUCCGCAACGUUGCUGUUGGAGUGUAGCGCGUCGAGAACAGUCGACAAGACAGCUGGAAACACGAUGUCCAGUCUCGCGAUCCGAAAGAAACCGUGCUGCUGCCGAGUUGGCCCGUUACUCGCAGAGACAUGGUGGUGUCACAGCGGAGUCUGGUUUCCGUGUUCUACGACGAACUCGUCCUUGUAAACGGGAGACACGGAUAUCGAAAGAAUGCAAGCAGCGUCGCGAUGACGGUGAAUCGCGUGGUCGUAUUUCUGGUGUUCGCGUCGGGAAUCGCUGUUGCCGCGAUCGGCGCGCUAUUGUCCCGCUACUACAUCGACCAUUUGUCGUCGGCCGAGAUGCCAGAGCAACCGGAUUAUCGACGCGCGUUCGUCCCGCUUCCGUCGGAGAGCGCGCUGAACGUGUUGGAGGGCAGCCUGGACGUGGCCGUGCCGCCGUCUUCUCGUGGCAACGGUUGGCUCAGCGAGAUCGCGACGACGAACCGCGACAGGGUGACCUCGACCGCGGAGGCGUUGACGUCUCUGCAGCUGGCUCUGGAGAUGAAGCUCUCCGGCAAGGAAAAGAAGGCGGUAAAGUUGUUCCAGCACGCGGUCGCGCUGGCGCCCCGGCAUCCAGAUGUUCUGAACCGUUACGGGGAGUUUCUCGAGUACGCGCAAAACGACGUGGUCAAAGCGAACGAGUAUUACGCGCGCGCCCUCAAUUACCAGCCGAAUCACGAGGAGGCGUUGAUCAACAGCCGUAGGACAGCACGCGUGGUCGAGGAGCUAGACCGUAGCACCCUUCGGCGCAUAGACGAGAAGCGGGACGCGCUCGCAGCGAUUCCCGACAAGAACGCUGCUCUGAUACGCGCCAAAAAGGAAGCUUACUUUCAGCACAUUUAUCACACGGUCGGCAUCGAGGGGAACACGAUGAACCUGGCUCAAACCAGAGCCAUCGUGGAGACGCGUACCGCGGUCGCCGGCAAAAGUAUCGAUGAGCACAACGAGAUUUUGGGUCUGGACGCGGCUAUGAAGUACAUCAACGCCACUCUGGUCAACAGGGUCGGCUCAAUCUCGAUCAAGGAUAUAUUGGAGAUACACAAGCGCGUUCUGGGACACGUGGAUCCGGUCCAAGGCGGCCAGUUUCGCCGUACCCAGGUUUACGUCGGUGGUCACGUGCCGCCCGGUCCCGGUGACAUACACUAUCUCAUGGAGGAAUUUAUGCUCUGGUUGAACAGCGAAACCGCCAUUCGGAUGCAUCCUGUUAGAUACGCGGCUUUGGCGCACUACAAAUUGGUGCGCAUACAUCCUUUCUCGGACGGGAACGGCAGAACGUCGCGAUUGCUGAUGAACAUGAUCCUCAUGCAGGCCGGCUAUCCACCCGUUAUCAUCCACAAACAGCAUCGGCACACCUACUAUGAAAAUCUCGAAAUCGCGAACACCGGCUACGUGCGGCCGUUCAUUCGAUUCAUAGCAGAGUGCACCGAACAGACGCUCGAUCUGUUUUUAUGGGCCACAAGCGAGUUUUCUAGGCAGGUGCCCGCUCUUAGCCAGGAUUCAUUUUUCCCCGAGAGAAGCAGAACGAUUGACACCGAGGAAGUCAGCGAUCUCUCGGACGCCUUCAGCGACGAUUGAGCAAAGAUCAUUCACCGUUGCCAGUCGUCUCAUUCAAGUAUUUUAUAGACCAAAGAAGAAUAGGAAAUUUCGUCGACGACCGAGUAUCGAGCGUGUUCGAUUCUCGUAGCUUCGACCUUACAAAGUAUCUUUACCUCCGAUCGCCGGAAUUAAAUGCUUCCACUAAUUUCAGCUACGUUCUGUCGCUUGUACAAGAAAUCGAUGUACGCGAUGUAUAGUACGAAAUUCGACGAAAGACUGUGAUGAUUUUAUAAUAAGGGAUACGCUGUGUAUGUGUACGUUGCCAAAGCACGGAGGGAACGUCGCGGGACCGAGUCGACGCGCAAAAAGGUUCGUUUUGAAAUCCGAAUCACGCGUCUGAAUCGGGUAACUACUAUUCCACAGGGUAAAAUCGUUUUUAUUAGAUUCGAUAGUUUUUAUUACCUAUCGAUCUGUGUCUGCUCGGGAAAACAGCUGACACCGCGUACGUGAUUUUUCGUUCAGGUUUUCUUCGUGCGUAGAAUCGGUUCCGCGAUACACGCACGUUUUUGGUAACGAGAUCUAUUUAAUAGGCCAAUAAGUCAUUGCGUUUUUCUCUAUUGCCAUCUGUGGGAAAAACGCAAUGACUUAUCGGCCAACUUAACAUAAUUCUGUGAGCGCGUCCACGCGAUCAUACGCGCUCAUAGUCGACGAUAAUUAACCUUGUUGAUACGAGCCCACGCAAUUGUCGCUUGCUGGUCAAGUCUUUUGCGAUGCCCAACUGUAAAUAUGUACGCGGCUUUUAAUAAACGUAUUAUUUUGGAA